AUGGCGGCUGUUCCGGAAGGCCCGCGAUGCGUUUUGCUGGAUGCCCGCACUGCAGGAGGCGCCGAGCAGAAGAUGGUGCGGUGCUGGUUGCAGGCCCUGCAGGCUUUGGCCCACGCAGAGCUGAACAUGUCCAUCAUCUCUAUCCAUGAUGGGCAUUACGUGUCGCGGCUGCCUCUGGCGGCGCGCGGUGAGGCGCUGGCAAAGGCCUUGGAGGGCCUGGAGCAGGACUGCGUGCUGCAGCCCAUGGGUUUGACGGGCUGGGCAGGCUUAGCGCCAGAGCAUGCUGCCACUGCGCCGCAGGGUUUGCCGAUGCGAGGUAAGAAGAGGAAGGCGGACGCCCGGCUCUUCGCCAUCGGCGAGGACGCGGCGCUGGCGGCGCUGCGCUCCGCGGCGGCGGCGGUGGCCGCGGAGGCUGAGAGCGGGUUGCUGCAGCUCUGGACGACAGAUGCAUCAAGGUUGCUCCCAGUGGCAAAGGAUCUUACUCGCUGCCUCCCGCCCGGCAUCUCCUUUGAGGUGGUGGUUGCUGCCCCAGAGGCGAAGGCAUCGAGCGAGGCCGCACGCCAGCUGCAGCAAGAGUUGGAGCAGGCGAAGGUCUUGCGGCUGCCGCUCUCAGAGGCGGCGGUGGCCGGCAAGGUCCGAGAGCCGCUGCAGCGGAGCUUCGCGCUGCGGCUGCUGUGGGCGCCAAAAGGCUCCGCGCUGUGCUGGGCGAAGCCCGCGGUGCUGCUGCCACUCCACUGGACCCCAGGAGACCAUGCCCAGCAUCGAGAUCCUGGCGGAGGUGCCCUUGGCGCGUCUUAG